CAUACUGUCCCUCACUCGCCUCUAAUCUUGCCUGUAGUCAUAACGGCGAGCGGAUUCACACCGAGCGACUCCUGAGACCGACGAGAAGUUCACCGAAUAACUACGGUUCGCCAACAUGAGAACUUUCUCAAGCUUGUUUGUUAGUUUCCCACUUUUUGCGGCUUGUAUUCUUGCUGUUUCAGUCUCCACUGCGAGCGCUGACAGCUGUGAAGUAAAUGUAUGCUUGAACGGAGGAACAUGUGUGACCGAAGAUGGAAAAGAUGCCUUUAAAUGCAUUUGUGCUGAAGGAUUCACCGGACACAUCUGCAACGAGACUGAUUUCGGGCCCUGCAAACCUAACCCCUGUAAAAACGAUGGCCUCUGUGAAAUCAUCACCAACUCCCGAAGAGGAGACGUCUUCAGUGAAUAUGUCUGCAAGUGUCAAAUAGGCUUCGAUGGAAUCCACUGCCAGAACAAUGUGAAUGACUGUGCCGGCCAGCCCUGUCAGAAUGGAGGCACCUGUCGAGAUCUUGAUGGCGAUUUCACCUGUAAAUGUCCCUCACCCUAUGUGGGAAAGCACUGCAAUCUGCGAUGCAUCUCUCUGCUGGGAAUGGAAGGAGGAGGCAUCGCCGAAUCUCAUAUUACUGCCUCUUCUGUGUACUAUGGCAUUCUGGGACUGCAGCGCUGGGGGCCUGAAUUAGCCCGACUGAAUAACAAGGGACUCGCCAAUGCUUGGACCUCUGCGACACAUGACAAGAACCCCUGGAUCGAGAUCAACCUGCAGAGGAAGAUGCGUUUCACUGGCAUCAUUACCCAGGGUGCCAGUCGCAUGGGCGCAGCCGAGUUCAUCAAAGCCUUCAAGGUGGCAUCCAGUUUAGAUGGGCGAACCUACACCAUGUACAGACCCGAGGGCCAGAGCAAAGAUGUGAUCUUUGUUGGUAAUGUGGACAACGAUGGGACAAAGACUAAUUUGUUUGAUCCUCCAAUCAUAGCUCAGUACAUACGAAUCAUUCCUGUUGUGUGCCGUAAAGCCUGUACACUGAGAAUGGAGCUGGUGGGCUGUGAACUCAACGUGUAUUUGAACACGACAGGUUGCUCCGAGCCCCUAGGUAUCAAGUCACGGCUGAUCGAUGACAGGCAGCUGACAGCUUCCAGCACUUUUCGCACCUGGGGGAUCGAGUCGUUCACCUGGCACCCGCAUUACGCUCGUCUGGACAAGCAGGGCAAGAUCAACGCCUGGACAGCAGCCACCAAUAACCACUCCGAGUGGCUCCAGGUGAGAUGACAAACUUGUAAGCCUGUGAA